UAAAAUUUUCAGCAUGUUUGGUUUCUCCUGAGGCCGAUCUCCUUGCAAAUGACCACCUUGUAUUGUGGCCUUGAUUUCUGUGCUCAUGAAUCCUUGCUGUCUUAUAAUGGUACCUGUUGUAUUGGAUUAGGGCCCUAUCCAUAUGAUCUCAUUUAACUUUAAUUACCUCCUUAAAGGUCCCGUCUCCAAAUACAGUCACACUGGAGGUUAGGGCUUCAACAUAUGAAUUUUAGAGAACAUAGUUAAAUCAGUAAUACAUUAGAACUGUCUAUAAUAAUUUGCAAUGGCAUGCUACAUAUAAAAGAGACUGAAUUAAAAUGAGUGGACACCUUAAACACUUAGAUGUAAAGGUAGGAAAAUAUAUACAAGUUUUAGGGGAAAAAAAAUUAAGGUAGAAUGCAUCAUGUUGAGGUAUGAGGGAAGAUACCAUAAACAUUCGCAGAAGUAAUUUAAAUAAGCCUUCCACAAACUUAGAAAUCCAAGAAGCAUUUGUCAAUUCCUAGAACAGUUGCUGAAGUAUGUCAUAAUAGGUUGCCAAGGAAAUUAUCAUACAUCAUGGAGGGAGUAAAGUAGUUCCCAGUCAUCUUCAUCCCUUUGAGCAUGGUUUAUUUUCUGAGCAAGAAACCAUCAUGGGAGACCUUUUUUCCUUAUUUUGGGAGGUAGAUCCUCCCCCCAUACCUUUAAGUUUUGCCAUUCCAAGUCAGGACUAUGAAUGCCGGAGGGAUGACUCUUGUGGGACCAUAGGGAGCUUCCUGCUUUGGUAUUUUGUCAUCAUAUUUGUCCUGAUGUUCUUCUCUAGGGCUUCUGUCUGGAUGUCUGAGGAUAAAAAGGAUGAAGACAGUGAGACAAGUGCUUCAGUAAGGAAAGCAGGCAAAGAGACUUCCUAUCAGUGGCAAAGCGAAGAUGGUGCCUGGGAUUCUUUACAAACAAUGAAGAAACCAAAGCAGAACCAACUUACUCCUGUAACCAACUCAGAAGUGGCUUUGGUCAAUGCCUAUCUUGAACAAAGACGAGCCAGGUGCCAGUCUCAGUUCAAUGAGGUAAACCAGGACCAACGUGACAGUGAUACUACGGAGUGUGGCAGUGAAGAAUCUAACUCAGGAGCCUCCUCGUGGAAGGAGAGUGAAAGUGAACACUACCCAUCACCAGACAGUAUUAAGAGGAGAAAAAUGGCUCAGAGGCACAAGAAUCUGGGAAGUUACCAAAUGAGAGAAAGGCCCUGCCUCCAUUGCAAAGCCAUGAGAACCAAUGAAUGGUUGGUGCACCAUUUCCUACAAAAGGCUUCGGUAGCACCCUCAGUGAAAGGAGACAGUCAAGGGGAAAGUUCCACACCUGACAUUCAUAAAAUUCAGUAAAAUCUGAAUUUUAUUACAUUAUUCCCUUACUUGAAGCCAAAUGAAAGAGAUGAAUAAAACGUGAAAAAUCACCAGCGCUCUAGGUGAGGAGACUUUCACAACAAAUUCUCUCUAACAAACGAAAACAUACUUGGAACCCAAGAGGUAAAAUCUUACACAAUUCUUUGUUCCAAAAAAAAAAAA